AGCCAGGAGGCGAUUGCGCAAUAGUAAUGAGCGGGUGGGACAAGCUGUUUUUGCCUUUCUAUCCCCUCCUCUAGCUCAACUACCUAAACAUAGCCACUCAAGACCUAAAUAUAUCUUUUCUACAUUUGAAGACGAGACUUUCCUGACCAGCGUCGUGUGAGACAAGAGUUUGGGGGUUCUACAGCUUCCUCUUCUCGGGCCUCCCAGGGAAACUGUAAAUACCUCUCCUCCUUAUGCCUGUUAAGAAGAGAGGCGAGCAUCAGGGAAGCUGAAGGAACUGCCUGUGAGAUGCUCUUUUAACGGAGGAGACAGACAGAGGAGGGAGGGAGAGCGAGAGAUGUCAUGCUUACCUUCUUGGAGAAGAAGCCCCCUGACGCACCUGUCCGAUGUUGGCAGGUGGUGGUUCAGGUUGUGACCUCUAAACCCCUAAAAACUCUCUACCCUGACUAUUGCUGAGACCAGAGUGUGAUCCAUGGCUAUAAAGAGCCUUCUGCACGCUGCUUCCACUUUCAGGAAGCAGCUGAUGAGGGUGAAGGUGGUAAACUCUAACUCUGAGGACUCCCGUCUGUGCCGAUGUCUCAACACCUUUGACCUGGUAGCCCUCGGUGUGGGCAGUACUUUGGGUGCUGGUGUUUAUGUGCUCGCUGGUGCUGUUGCAAGAGAGAAUUCUGGUCCUGCUAUUGUGCUGUCAUUCCUGAUAGCAGCCAUAGCCUCAGUGUUAGCCGGUCUUUGCUACGCUGAGUUUGGAGCCCGUGUUCCCAAAACAGGCUCGGCUUAUCUGUACUCCUAUGUGACUGUAGGGGAGCUGUGGGCCUUCAUCACUGGAUGGAAUCUCAUUCUCUCCUACGUCAUUGGUGCCUCCAGCGUGGCUCGUGCAUGGAGCGCCACCUUUGAUGAGUUGAUAGGGAACCCCAUAGGGCAGUUCUGCAGAAAGUACAUGGCCCUGAAUGUACCAGGAGCACUGGCAGAGUAUCCUGACAUAUUUGGUGCUUUCAUCAUAAUCAUUCUUUCAAGUCUGCUGGCAUUUGGGGUCAAAGAAUCAGCAAUGGUGAACAAGGUCUUCACUUGUAUCAAUGUCCUAGUCUUGGUGUUCAUGGUGAUCUCUGGAUUCGUCAAAGGCACUAUUAAAAACUGGCAGCUAGACCCUGAAGAGAUCCUACAUGCAAGUUAUACAACAAACACCACCAAUGUGACAGACGUCCUGCCAAGCGCAGAGAGUUUGGGAAUCGGCGGCUUCAUGCCAUUUGGAUUCACGGGUGUCCUGUCAGGAGCCGCUACCUGUUUCUAUGGGUUUGUGGGAUUUGACUGCAUUGCUACCACAGGUGAAGAGGUGAAGAACCCCCAGCGAGCCAUUCCUUUUGGUAUCGUAUCCUCAUUGCUCAUCUGCUUUGUGAUCUACUUCAGCGUUUCUGGUGCUCUCACCCUCAUGAUGCCAUACUACCUGCUGGACAGCAACAGCCCUCUGCCUACAGCUUUUAAUUAUGUGGGCUGGGGGGGCGCGAAAUAUGCCGUAGCUGUAGGCUCUCUUUGCGCUCUGUCUACAAGCCUGCUGGGUUGUCUGUACCCUGUUCCUCGUGUGAUCAUGGCUAUGGCUGAUGAUGGGCUGUUAUCAAAGUCCUUGGCCAGGGUCAACUCCUGCACCAAAACCCCACUAAAUGCAUCUUUUGUCACUUCCUCUCUGGCAGUUUUCAUGGUGUUAAUGUUCGAGCUGAAGGACCUGGUGGACCUGAUGUCGAUAGGGACGCUGCUAGCCUACACAUUAGUGGCUGCCUGUAUCCUGGUGCUCAGGUACCGGCCCAGCAUGGGUUACCAGAUUGUCAGUAGCCAGGAGGAGAUGGAGUUGAAUGAGGGCAACAUCCUGCCCGGUAUGGAAGAGAGGCUCAGCUUCAAAACCUUGCUGUUCCCAGACAACCCCGCCCCUUCCAAACUGUCAGGCUUCACUGUCAACGUCUGUGUCUUUCUCCUCGGAAUGCUGAUGCUGGCAUUCAGUGUUCUGGCAUCUUAUGGAGAUCUUGCUUCGUGGAACUUGGUAGCCCUCAGCGUCAUCUUCACGAUGUGUCUUUUCGUGGUCUUCAUCAUCUGGAGACAGCCCCAGAACCAAACUAAACUCUCCUUCAAGGUCCCCAUGCUGCCCUUCAUUCCAGUGAUCAGCAUGUUUGUCAAUAUCUACCUGAUGAUGCAGCUUGAAGAACGCACUUGGGUUAAAUUCUCAAUCUGGAUGGCCAUAGGUUUCGCGAUCUACUUCGGCUAUGGUAUCCGUCACAGCACCCUGUCAGCUUCAGCUCAUUCGACUCCGGACACAGAGAUGAAGGGCUUAGGGCUGAACCGCAAGUCAGAAUCAGCAUCACCAGAAAAGGAAGCCUUUUUGUCAGAUGGCAUUGAUGUAAGGGAAGAGAAUGAUGGAGAUUUGUAGGAAUUUACAAAUCUCCAUCGUCAGAUCACGCUGCUUCCAAGACAUGCAUCCUUGAUAGCCAGCAGUCAGUCUGUGUGAACUCACUGGCAGUACUUUCUUUUGGGGAAGGUAAAGAUAAAUACCUCAUAUCUAAAAUUCACAAUCUUCUGACUUACUUCUUCAGCUGCAGGGAGAACACAGACAACUGAUGAAAGAAUACUCAAAAAAAGACUAAUAAAGCCAUAACUAACAUGUUUUGUAUUUUGCAAUAAGGUUCAGAUUCAAGUGCCGAUUAUUACUUGACUAUCAGGAAUUAGGGCUUGUGUUGGAGAUACAGAAUACAUCAGUGUGUUAAAGAUGUUGGGGAGCCAUAGUCUCUGUUUCUUUUCAUAUUCGGUUGCACUUACAUCUACAACCUGUGUCUGAGCCACAUUUUUGACAGCAGGAUUUUUUUUUUUGUCGUUGUUGAUGUUUGUUUGUUGUAUCAAAAGUUCAUCAGUUAGGUUCACGGGUUUUUGUUGGACAAUGACACAUUUAUUUUAGUGCUUUUGCCUCUAAUCUCUACCAGAAGAGAUUUUAAAUCAAAUGAUCAAGAUGUGAAUCAAGGGAAGUGCAGACUUUAAUUCAAAGUGUUUAUAUAUAGGUCUGAAUUUAAUUAUCAGGGGCAAAAAAAAAAUAACCAAAGAAAUUAACAAGGGUUGCUUUUAAUAACGGGGAAAAAAUCUUUUACAGUCAGUGACGAUCUGACAUCUUAACUUAGUUCCGUUUUGUCUUCUGAAAGUGUAAAACGUCCUCUUUUGGCUUGAGGUAACUGAUAUGGCCAUUAACGAACAUGCCUUUCUUUGCCUUGAGAAAGUUGCUUUUGCAGAAUGUGUUUGGUCAUUAUCCAGUUUCCACUUCGAAGUGUCCAUUGUACAACCGGGUUGAAUUGGAACAUAGAGUACAGCCCUGCAUGCUUCACAGUUCAUCCUGCUACUUAUAUCAGCAGCUGAAUCAUCAUCAACAAACUCUAGUAAACUGGUUCCAUUGGCAGCCAUACAUGCUCAUGCCAUAACACUGACUCCACCGUGUUUGACAGAUGAUGUGUGUUUUGGAUCAUGAGUUGUUUUUCCCCUUCACUAUCCUUUUCCCAUCAUUCUGGUACAAGUUCACUUUAGUUGUCUCCUGUGGUUUCCUACGCUUUCUGGUGUUGCUCAGCUGGCCCCCGUGUUCCUUCUUGUAACAGAUUAUUGAUUUGGCAGCUGUUUAUUUUGGUUUAUUUUUUAUUUAAAAUCCAUUGUUGUGUGUUGAUCUACAGAGGCUAAAUUACAAAAAACCAAACACACAAAUAAAAUGUGUCAUUGUCCAAAUACUUAUGGACCUAAGUAUAUGUGCAAAAGUCUUAUCAUCAGAUUACACAUGUAAGUAUAAAAUACAGUUUGGUACGAAAACCCAAGUUCUCUAAAAUCUCCCAGUUCUUGUGUAACAAUAUUGCAAGUACACUGUUAAAAUGCUGUUCUAACAUUGCUCCAUUACAAGCUCUCACAUUACACUUGGCUUAUCUGUGACAUAAUUCUUCACUAGCAGAAAUCUGUGGUCAGGUCCUUGUCUGGAUGUAUAAAAGCGGCUGCAGUUCGCUGUGCUUUACCAUUUCUAUAUGUGAAAAAUUUCAUUGAUGCCUUUUGAGGUCCAAACUUGGUCCUCAUGUUCAGUUGUGGUUUUACAGUACAGUUUUAAUGCAGUGGUAUGUUUGUUUGUA